ACCCAACACCAAUCCACCAAAACUGUAAACAGCGCAACACAGACUUUGCGCUUCAGAACAACUCUGGACAUGGCCGGAGUACUUGGAACUUCCUCUUCAGCAAUCUUCGCCUCUAGACCCCUUUCUUCUCCCUCCUCUAAAUCUCCCAUUUUCCCUCUCUUCCCAAGUCCAGGGCAGGGUCAAGGGAGGAAGUUCUAUGGAGGGAUUAAGAAGGGCAGAUCUCGAUUACAUGUUUCAAUUUCCAAUGUUGCCACUGAAAUCAGCCCUGCUCAAGCACAGGCUCAGAAGCUUGCCUCAAAGGAGACUCAACGGCCAGUGUAUCCAUUUGCUGCUAUAGUAGGACAAGACGAAAUGAAAUUGUGCCUUCUGCUUAAUGUGAUUGAUCCCAAGAUCGGAGGUGUCAUGAUUAUGGGUGAUAGGGGAACGGGGAAGUCCACUACUGUUAGGUCAUUAGGAGACUUACUUCCUGAAAUCCAAGUGGUUUCUGGUGAUCCAUUCAACUCAGAUCCAGAGGAUCCAGAAUCUAUGGGCAUGGAAGUCCGAGAGAGAAUUAUCAAGGGUGAGGAACUUCCUGUGGUGAUGACUAAAAUUAACAUGGUUGACUUACCAUUAGGUGCUACUGAAGAUAGAGUCUGUGGGACAAUUGACAUCGAAAAAGCUCUUACGGAGGGUGUGAAGGCAUUUGAGCCUGGACUUCUUGCUAAAGCUAAUAGAGGAAUUCUCUAUGUGGAUGAAGUUAAUCUCCUAGAUGACCACUUAGUGGAUGUUCUUUUGGAUUCUGCUGCCUCAGGAUGGAACACUGUUGAAAGAGAGGGAAUCUCGAUUUCACAUCCCGCUCGGUUUAUUCUCAUUGGCUCAGGAAAUCCUGAAGAAGGGGAACUUAGGCCACAGCUGCUUGAUCGGUUUGGAAUGCAUGCCCAAGUGGGAACUGUAAGGGAUGCAGAGCUUAGAGUGAAGAUUGUCGAGGAGAGGGCUCGGUUUGAUGGAAAUCCUAAGGAAUUUAGGGAAUCUUACUCGGAAGAGCAGGAGAAGCUCCAACAACAAAUUGACUCAGCCAGGAGGUCUCUUUCCGCAGUUCAGAUAGAUCACGAUCUACGGGUUAAAAUCUCCAAGGUUUGUGCUGAGCUUAAUGUUGAUGGAUUGAGAGGUGACAUAGUCACAAAUAGGGCAGCAAAAGCAUUGGCUUCUCUGAAAGGAAGAGACAAAGUAACAGCUGAGGAUAUUGCUACUGUUAUCCCCAAUUGCUUGAGACACCGACUACGUAAGGAUCCCUUGGAGUCAAUUGACUCUGGCUUACUCAUCAUUGAGAAAUUCUAUGAAGUUUUUAGCUGAGGAAGGUAGCAGACCUUUUAUUUGUAAUUUUUGUUGCACCGUUGCAGUUCAAUUCAGUAUUGUUGUUUUGGUACCUACAGUUUUCUGUUUCCAUUUGCUCAGUAUCUCUGAGUUCGUUUAAGGUUAGAAUGCUCUAGUUACCUAUGUUGUUGAGGAAGGAUGUGGUUGGUUUUGGAAGAACUUAUCCCAUAUAUACAAGUUGACACAUUGUAGUUUCUUUGAGAAUUCUACUUCUCGAAUUCAAAGAUGUACUCUUUUGAUUCACAUGUAACCUCUCUAAAUUUAAUCGAUUUCUAAUGCUUGCCUUUGGUGUGAUGGCUUAUCCGCUGGUAAGUCUUUCACUUUCAUCAACUGCCUAUCAAAAUCAUACUCUGCCUUCCAUUCUGAAUUCUUGCUGUAGA